CUCGCCCGCCGCCGCCAUGCCGGGGGCCUGACCGGGCGGAGCGGAGCGCUCGGGGCCCAGCGGGGCGGGGGACGGACCGGCGCCCCGGACGGUGCUGCCCGGCGCUGGGGGCGGGGCUACGUGCCGCAGGGGGCGGGGCGUUGCCAUGGGAGCGGCGGAGUGACGUGCGAGGCGGAAGCGGCGCGGGCCGCCAUGGGGGUCUCGUCCAGCCUGCUGCCGCGGGAGGUGCUGGGCGAGUACCAGGAGCUGACGUUCCUGAGCAAGCAGGAGAUCCUGCUUGCCUACAAGAGGUUCGGUGAACUGCUGCCAAAGGAGGAGAGGGUGAAUGCCUGCUCCGCACGGGUUCCCAAGAGCAAAAUCCUGACGCUGCCGGAGCUGCGGGCAAACCCCUUCCAGCACCGCAUCUGCCAGGUGUUCUCCACCUCGGAAGACAGGGACGACAGCAUGUCCUUCGAAGACUUCCUCGAUAUGCUGAGCGCCUUCAGCGACUCUGCUACCUUGGACAUCAAAUCUUUCUACGCCUUCCGCAUCUUUGAUUUUAAUGAUGAUGGGAUUCUGGACAGAAAGGACCUGGAGAAACUGGUGAACUGUCUGACGGGGCAGGGUGAGGAGUCCCCCCUGAGCGAUGCCGAGAUGGAGCAGCUCAUCCGAAAUAUCCUGGAGGAGUCCGACAUCGAUAAGGAUGGCACCAUCAACCUCUCCGAGUUCCAGCACGUCGUCUCCCGCUCCCCGGACUUCGUCAGCUCCUUCAAGAUCGUCCUGUGAGCCCUGCGGCUCUCCAGCAGAACCACUCCUCCGGCCGUUGCAGCUCUUCGUGGUCUCAGACAUUUCCUCUUUUAGCGAGCGGAGCGGCAGAGGCCCCCCGCUCCUCACCAGCCCAGCAGUGCCUUAGGCAGGACACCCUCCUGCUCCCCUUUCACGCCUGAGAUGACCUGGGGCCCUGGGAAGCUGCUUUGCCUGCAGCCGUUCUGCUCUCCCAGGAUCGGAUUUUAACUCUUUAUGCAAACCGAGGGCAGCUCUGUGGGCGGGGGGGGGGGGGGGGGCACGCAGAGGUGCUCCUGGCUGGGGGCCGUGCUGCACCAAACACAGCCCCUCUCUGCCCUCGGUACCAAUCUGUGCCUUCCACUGGCAGGCAGGGAGCUGCCUGCCCCCACCAAGCCCCUGCGCGGCUCUCCCGUCUUCCUGGGAGCCUCCCUGCUGCAAUGAGGAUCCCUUUGAGCAAUAACCCAGCAAUAACCCAAAGGCGGAUCCCUUUCUCUGAGCAAUAACCCAGCAAUAACCCAAAGGAGGAUCCCUUUCUCUGAGCAAUAACCCAAAGGCGGAUCCCUUUCUCUGAGCAAUAACCCAAAGGCGGAUCCCUUUCUCUGAGCAAUAACCCAAAGGCGGAUCCCUUUCUCUGAGCAAUAACCCAAAGGAGGAUCCCUUUCUCUGAGCAAUAACCCAAAGGAGGAUCCCUUUCUCUGAGCAAUAACCCAAAGGCGGAUCCCUUUCUCUGAGCAAUAACCCAGCAAUAACCCAAAGGCGGAUCUCUCUGAGCAAUAACCCAAAGGAGGAUCCCUUUCUCUGAGCAGUAACCCAAGUAUCGAUGUGCCAUCCCAGCAUUAGAGCCGCCCUCCUCCCCCGUGCUGCCUCGGCGCUGACCGCGCGUGGGGCCUCCUCUCCUUUUCCUCUCCCCCCUCCUCUGGCUCAAGCUCAGCAGCUGCUCUGCCUGCCCUGGCCUCUUCCUCCCUCUGCUCCUGUGAGGACACAAAUAAAGGGCUCUGGUUUCACCCUCC